CUCGCGCAGGCGUGCUAGCUCCCUGUCGCUAUGCGGGUGCUUGUAGGUGAGGGAGGGCAGAGUGGCGGGCCGGCUUAGGCUGUAGCCGAGAGCUGAGAAAACAGGCCCACAGGGUGCAGUCUCCUAAGCAGGCAACCUAGCCUUGGUUUCCCAGCCCCAAAAGCUGAAUCUGUGCGACCCUGUGACUUUUGUCACCUCUGCAUCGCGGGGUGGGUUGGAGAGGCCUGAUGUCAGAUGGGGACCGCACCCAAAGGGGCCGCCAGCAGAUGACCUACCGCCACCCCGCUGAGUAAACAGUUUGUGCUCCCCCAUCAGGUGGCGGGACGGGAUUCAUUGGGACAGCCGUAACCCAGCUGCUGAGAGGCAGGGGCCACGAAGUUAAAUUGGUCUCCAGACAGCCUGGCCCGGGUCGAAUCACGUGGAUGGAAUGAAACCUUCCAAAAAGAGGUUCUUACGAGCCGCUUGGAUACUACCCACUUGCUAGCCAAAGCCAUCACCGAAACUGCGCACCCACCUCAGGCUUGGAUUCUAGUCACAGGUGUAGGUACGCUCCCAAAUCACCAGCCUCUUACAUUAACGGAGCCAGGGAGAACAGAGCAAGCAGUUGAGGCACUUGGGGCUUGCACCCGAAUCACAGGUCCUUCCCAGGGUCACUGCCUAGGCCUCCAGCCUUGCAGGUUCUUCCUGACCCAGAUCUGUACUGUCACAGUCUGGUCUUUAUGGGUGUGGAAAGGCAGAAUGGGGGUGUGGGGUACUUGGCUAGAGAGCCUUUAUUGGGAGCCCUCAGAGAAAGAGGUGUGGUACGGGUCCUAGUGCGCACAGAAGGCAUCUCCCCACUCCCACACCCCUUGCUUUUUUGCACUGCAGUUCUUUAUGAAGAGCUCCCUUUGUUGUGUCUCCUUUGAGACCACACAAUUGCAAACAAUUAAAAUGAGUAGUAGCCACCAUACUAUUAUAUACAUAUUAUUUAAUCCUUACAACUUUAUGAGGUAGGUACAGUUACUCCCAUACUGAGGAUGCAGAUUUUUUUCAUACGGAGAAGUAACUUGCCAAAAAAAAAAAAAGUCACAGAUGUCAAGAAUGGUCCAGUUCAAGCAGCUUAGCACCUACGUUUCUGUCCCUACCCACUACAAGCUAGCGGCCUCUGGACACAGCCUGACAGCCAAAAGCUAGAUGUUCAGGCAUGGACACACAGAGAAGCUCAAGGGGGAAACAGUUAUGGUUCUUUCUUCUCCUGUGGAAACCCAAAGGGCAGAGGAGACUGAGGCUAAGGAGCCUUGCACUACAAAGGGCCCAGCAGGCCAGGGACCGCCAGAGCAAACAAACGCUCUUCCAUGACAGCUUACUACCAGCCAAGCCUGACUAAGGAGUAUGAUGAAGACAGCCCAGGAGGGAAUUUUGACUUUUUCUCCAACCUGGUAACCAAAUGGGAAGCAGCAGCCAGGCUUCCUGGAGAGUCUACACGCCAGGUCGUGGUACGUUCAGGGGUUGUGCUGGGCCGUGGAGGUGGCGCCAUCAGUCACAUGCUUCUGCCCUUCCGCCUGGGCCUAGGAGGCCCCAUCGGUUCAGGUCGCCAAUUCUUCCCCUGGAUACACAUUGGUGACCUGGCAGGAAUUCUGAACUAUGCCCUUGAAGCAAACCACGUCCAAGGAGUCCUGAAUGGAGUGGCUCCAGCAUCUACAACUACCAAUGCUGAGUUUGCCCAGGCCUUGGGUGCUGCCCUGGGCCGCCCAGCCUUCAUACCUGUCCCCAGCACUGUGGUACGAGCGGUCUUUGGAGAACGUGCCAUCAUGCUGUUGGAAGGGCAAAAAGUGGUCCCUCGGCGGACACUGGCUACUGGCUACCAGUACUCCUUCCCAGAGCUGAGGGCUGCCUUGAAGGAUGUUGUAGCCUGAGCAGAGAAGGAGCCCCAAGGCAGAAGCUGGGGCCUGCUCCCGCACUCUGAGAAGUGGGUCAGGUGAUGAUCCCUGCACUUGAUUGAGAUCAGAAUCCAUCAGGGUCUUAGACUCUGCCCCCCCUCACCCCACUCUCUUCCCAUGUUCGUUGAUCCACCCCUAUCUGAGAAACUCCAGCCUCAAGAAUAUAAUCUCAUUCUAACCUUCACCUCUUCAACUUCUUCUGUGGCUUCUGUGUUACAUUGUUGCCCUGGUUCUCAUAUAUGCUGUGUAGACAAUGUUCUACAGUUAUGGCAAUAAAGAUAGAUUACAUCGCUA